CCAGUCUUUUCAGUUAAAACCCUAACUCUCAAUUAACAGAUCCCCCGUUUUCUUCUCUCCAUCUCUCUUCAAAAGUCCAACCCAAUUAUCUCUCGGCACUCGCAUGCAAGGUUGCCGGCGCAGCUCCUUUCCAAUCGUUUCUCUUUGAAUCUCCCAAUCCCCUCAUCCAAAUCCAAGUUGCCGAAAGAUCUCCAAGCUUGCUCAUUUGAAUGGAUUAAUCCAUCGAUUCUGUAAUUGACUAGGAUUUCGAGAUAGCAAGGCUGGCGACUGACGAGGGCCACUGGUGAUGGCGGAUCCGCCAGGACCGCCACAAGCCCGCCGACAGUUUGUGCUAGAAUCUUCGAUUUCUGCUGAUUUAGGGUUUGAAACGAAGUUGAAAGAAGGGAGGGAGGAUUUUAAGUUGAGGAUAAAAUGCUGAGCGUGGGGCGGGUGCACCUGCCGUCUGAUAUACCGAUUGUGGGGUGCGAGUUGACGCCGUAUGUACUGUUGAGGCGCCCUGAUAAGAGCGUUGUGACUGAGGAUGUUACUGAGUUCAAUCCCAUUGAUGGCCAUUUCUUGAGAUAUAGAUGGUACCGCGUACAGAGUGAUAGAAAUGUCGCAGUUUGUAGUGUUCAUCCAACAGAACAAGCUACAUUACAAUGCCUUGGGUGUCUCAAGGCCAAAUUACCUGUUUCGAAGAGUUACCACUGUUCUCCCAAGUGUUUUUGUGAUUCCUGGCAACAUCAUCGUGUUCUGCAUGAGCGUGCUGCUAGUGCGGUAAAUGAAAAUGGAAAUGAGGAGGACGAAGUUUUUGGGCGAUUUAAUAGUACUGGUGGUACAACAUCGAGUAUGGUUAGUAUGAGUACAUCUCAAUCAAACCCCAGCUUUUCAAAUGGCACGACUGCUUUGUAUCCUGCUGCAGUUACCCAAAAGAGUGGUGGUGAGACAUGGUUUGAAGUUGGACGUUCGAAGACUUAUACACCUACAGCCGAUGAUGUUGGUCAUGUCCUCAGAUUUGAGUGUGUUGUGGUAGAUGCUGAAACCAAGUUAACUGUGGGAGCUCCAGUAGCCUUAUCAACUUCCCGUGUGAUUCCAGCUCCAUCUCCUAUUCCACGACGCUUGAUUUCUGUGAGUGGGAUGGAUGUUUCUGGGCAUCUAGAUAUGGAUGGUCGCAUUUCUUCUGGAGGGACAUUUACUGCACUCUCAUACAACAUCUUAUCUGAUGCAUAUGCUACAAAUGAACUCUACAGCUACUGCCCCACUUGGGCUCUCUCUUGGACCUACCGCAGGCAAAACCUUUUAAGAGAAAUAGUUGGCUACCGUGCCGACAUUGUUUGCCUUCAGGAGGUUCAAAGCAAUCAUUUUGAGGAGUUUUUUGCACCUGAGCUGGAUAAAUAUGGUUAUCAAGCUUUAUUUAAAAGGAAAACGGCAGAGGUUUUUAGCGGGAACAUGAAUACACUUGAUGGCUGUGCAACUUUCUUUCGCCGUGAUAGAUUUUCACAUGUCAAAAAAUAUGAGGUUGAGUUUAACAAAGCCGCGCAGUCUCUGACGGAUGCUGUGAUUCCACCUGCACAGAAGAAAAGUGCCUUAAAUCGAUUGGUGAAGGAUAAUGUUGCUUUGAUUUUAGUUCUUGAAGCCAAGUUCGGAAACCAGGGAGUUGAUAGCCCUGGGAAGCGUCAGCUUGUUUGUGUGGCAAACACACAUGUAAAUAUGCACCAAGAUUUGAAGGAUGUUCGGCUUUGGCAGGUCCACACGCUGCUGAAGGGCCUGGAAAAAAUUGCUGCAAGUGCAAAUAUACCGAUGUUGGUGUGUGGGGAUUUCAACUCAGUGCCUGGAAGUGCUCCUCAUGCUCUCCUGGCUAUGGGAAAAGUCGAUCCAGCUCAUCAAGAUUUGACUGUAGACCCACUUGGAAUUCUUCGACCGAUCACCAAACUAACACAUCAGCUGCCAUUGGUUAGUGCUUACUCGUCCUUUGCCAGAGCUGGGGUUGGUCUUGGACUGGAGCAGAGAAGAAAAAUGGAUCCUGCUACCAAUGAACCCCUCUUUACAAACUGCACUCGUGAUUUUAUUGGAACUCAUGAUUAUAUAUUCUAUUCAGCUGAUUCCUUAACCGUGGAGUCUCUGUUGGAGCUGGUGGAUGAGGAGAGUUUGCGGAAAGAUACUGCUCUUCCAUCUCCUGAGUGGUCAUCGGAUCACAUAGCACUCUUAGCUGAAUUCCGCUGCAAAUCUAGGACUAGACGUUAAACCGAUGGGGUCGUUCCACCCAAAGGAGGAGUUCGAGUGGUGACAAACUAUUUAAGAAGAGGAUAAGGAAAGUGAUUGUAACGAUGAAAUCAUUCUACAUGCUGAUUGUACCCCCCCUUGUAUCAUGCAACCUUCUGUCUCAAAGAAAAUUUAUUUAUGAUAAUGUUAUCAUUAGUUUGCCAUUUUUAA